UUUUUUCUGCUAGCUUACAUUUACCUCACAAGGUUGCUCCUUUCAAACACCUAGUGCUACUAAGUACCAGUUGCUUGAUGAGUAGUACCAGUUUCUUGGAAUAAUUUUGGAAGUUGAAUACCAUAGGGUCAUCACAGAGAUUAACAAGAGAGCUAGCAAAAUAGCCCCUGGGCUGUACAUGAACAAACCAAUAACACCCAUCCAAAAUCCACAAAACUGUCCAAAGCCCUAUAACUAUGAUGAUCGAACCAAGUGGGGACAUAGCUACUAUACCGUUGAGAUGAGGUUCCACCGCAAAUGCCCGCAUCCAUUUCGUGGACUGAGGAUUCAGAUCAUGUUUAGGGACUAUGAUGGUUAUAUGCUGGGGUAUCGGAGGCGUAUGAAUGGACACUGGACCAACUGGUACUACUGCAGCAAGAAAGAGUUCCCAAUCCCUUUCUUUAUUCAAGAAGGCGCGAUAAAACUACCAUUCCGAGAAGACUAUGUCAUGAAGCCUCUUAUUGGUGGAGCUGCAACAUUUAUGAAUAUCUUUAAACAAUUUGCACGAUACCCGGAAAUAGGAAACUCACAAGAGCUAUUAGAGGCGUUUCUGUCCGCUGUGGUGGUUCUGUCAGAGGCAAGGCGCAUCAUUUGGGUAUUUAGGGAAGUGAAGAAUCGGAUCCGACGAAACGAAGCACCGUCAGAUCUUGACUGUAAGGUCCCUGGAAAGGAACUCCCCACUGGAUUGGCUUGGACCUCAAUUGGAGACUGGACCAUGGACAGUAAACAGGUUUUAGGUUCUGCGUUCAAGGGAGAAUAUACGCCACGUACCGGUCAAAAAUUCGCGGAAACUGUGGUACCUGUCAAGACGUUUGGGCAACUUAUCUCACAAGAUGAAGAAUCUGGACACCUAAGCCUACUGAUGCGGGUGGAGAAUAUAGCAGCUCCGGAGGGUUGGUGGGUGCUCACAAGUCACAAGGUUGAAGAUGAAGGUGAAUAAUCCUGGACUUCGAGUCGUUGACCCAGGAUUCCCUGACGAUCCAGAAUUAUCUGAUGAUGAGUGAUCAGUUAGCUUGCUGCUGCUGCAUGCCCAAGGAGGAGGAAAGGAGAAGAAAGAAGAUGGCCAAGAAUUGCGGGGUGGGUUUCAGUCUGAUCGUAUCGUCGCGUGUCAAUUGUCAAGUCGCAAGUUUAAUUUCGUCUUAGUUAGUGUUGAACCCUAAAGUUGCAAGUUUCACUAUUAUCCUCUUGGAAAGAAUUAUGUUGUUUUCUACCUUGUGUGUACUCGAGAACGUACCGUUAUGUGAUGCACCUGGUUAUUUCUGUAUUGUAUUGCAUUGCAUUGCUCUGCUUUUGCUUUUGUUUAAUAGUGAAGCCAACAAGAUAGAUGGUUUCGAUAAUGUGUUCCGUUUUAUGUGUUGUGUUGUGUAUGUCCCUCUGAAAAGAAUUCAGCCUUACCAUGGGAUUGGCACAGGCUUCCAUCCUACUUAUUUUUUGGUCUGCUAGCCGAACCAGAAUGGUACUGUGAUAACAACUGAUGGAUCAUUAUCUGGAGCGUGUUAUGGGAAGCCCUGUGAAGUUUCUUCAGAACAUGUUUUCCUG